CCGAUAAGUUUUGUUUAUAAGCUUGAACUUGUAAUUAGAAAAGUAAUUAUGAUGAAGACCGUACCGCAUCAACGAUUAGUGAUGGCUGGAGAUCGUGAUGGUUUGAAAGAGCUCCUGAGACGACGACUUGUUGAAUGCGGAUGGCGUGACCAAGUUAAAAUAAUUUGUAAGGAAUUGAUUAAAGAGAAAGGACGUGAUAUCACUUAUGACAGUAUGCUGUCAACUGUAACUAGCAGAGCCCGCACUCUUGUACCUGAUUCUGUUAAAAAAGAGUUACUGCAAAAAAUAAAAAGCCAGUUGAUGGCACAAGAAGAAAAGUUGAAGAUUUAA